GAACACCACCUUCCGAUCAUAUCAAGACAGCGCUAGCUAGCUUUAUCAUUUAUGGUGUCGACUGUUGUGAUGUGGCCAUGAAUGGCCACCGCCGUCCGUCAGCAGCGUAAGGACGUCCUUAGCACUCCAGCGGCUCAGCGGGCAGCGUUUCUGUGGAGAGCCGCGAAUGCGCUGCUGCCAACUGCGCUGCCUGUGGCAAACAAUCUGAGCGUUCAGCUCCGUCAACUUUGUGAAGCUCAGUCGGCCCCGCUCCCCAAGGGCGCCGACCAGCUCUCCUGUGCCCGUUGCGAAACUGCCCUGCUCCCGGGGGUAAACUGCAGAGUCCUCAGUGGCCGUCAAAAAAAGCAUCCCGGCAGCCGGGCUGUCCUGUACCAGUGCUCGGUCUGCACGCACUCCGGCGCUUUCCCGGGCGCGAGCAGAGCCGCGGAAAGGAGCGCAAAAGCGGAGGAGGCGGCCCGAGAGCAGAUCGAGCGCUUGGCGUCCGAAAGCGGUCCGAAAGCGGGCGUGGUUCCGGAGGGCGGGGCAAAGAGGAAACGGGCCAGGGGGAAAGUGCAAAGUCUGAGGGCGUUGGCUCAGAAAGCAGCGAAGCGGCCAGAGGAGCGGGCGGGGUUGGUUUUGGCGUCUGGGUCCGAGCCUAAACCUUCGGUUAAGCUUGUAUCGGUGACUGCGGCUGAGGCUGAAGCUUCGGGUAAUCUGGUGUUAGCACAGAGCUUGAACCCUCUGCAGGAAUCACUCUUGGGCGAAGUCUCCACUGUGGUGACAUCAGCGGUGACAUCAGGGACGGUGGACGCUAUCAUGACAGCUGGAGCGGGGCUUAGCAAGAACGACGACCGCAGCUCAGAGGGGGGGAAGAUGCUGAGUGGAACGGAACCCCUCCCGGCGCUUGAGUCUGCCGAAGCACCCCUCUUGAAAGUAGCCCCCGAAGGUGAACCCAAGACGGCCGAUGUUUCAUUUGAAGAUCGACAACCUGCGCUGUAUUCCUCUCUGGGUGAAGCGGCCGCAGCGCAGAAUUGCACCGAGACGCCCCCGCUCGAAGUCCCCCUGCCCGAGAAACCCACCCCCCUAGUUCCUGCAGAAACCGCAAAGCCUGACACAAAGCCUGGGGUGUUUUUUCCUGCCGAAAAGGCCACACCGCAGCGGACAAAGCGUCCUGCCUCUCGGAGUGGGGGGCGGUCGGUUCUGGGGGCCUCCAUGGCUGCGAAAGCUGGUCAGGGGGGGAAGGCAGCCCCCAGUUCUGCGAACCAGGGGGGCGAUGACGAAGAGUCGCCGUACUCGAAAGUGGCCUCGCAAAGGGAGGUUGCAGAGGAGACUGCGCAACAGGGGGGAGGGAUUGGCGAGCAACUUCAGAGUGGGGAAGAGGCAACUGCAGAACAAAAUGCAGCUGGAUUGCAAGAGACAUCUGCCGGUAUCCAGAGCAACAGGGGGGCCGAAAAGGGGGUGAAUGAAGGGGCUUCGCAGGCAGCGGCAAAGGAGGAGAGAGGUGGCAGGGAAGAUGUCCCAACUAGCGAGGCUCUGCUCAAGCCCCCUGUCGCCCACCCUUCUGAAACCCCUGCUGAUGAGCCCACAACCCAAAACGUUCCCCCUCCCAGCGAACCAGAGAGCAGCAUCGACACUUCACUGCGCCGGUCCGCGCGCAAGCGGGGGGCGCCGAACGGCUCCGGAGCAGCCCCCCAGAAGGACGACACGGCGACCUCGUCCAAGGGGGCGGAGACGCCCAGUAGACGGUCACUUCGAAACGGGGGGGCUGCUUUGGCAGAGGCGACGACCCCCCUGAGGAGGUCCACACGGAGAGCGGGGUCUGUGGAGCCGGAUGCGAAGAAAGCUGUGGCAACGCCGGGCAGGCGGUCAGGUCGGACUGGGGGGGUCGGCGAGGCUGGUGCGGAGCCCCCUGUUCCAAAACCAACUCGGCGGGUGGGCAGCAGAGGUGUCUCUACUGAGCCCGAGGAUGCCCCCCAGACGAGUGCAGCAGGGCGGGAAGAACUAGCGGCGGCUGAAAGAGGGACUGAUGACAAGGAACAGGAAGGGGACGGAAAAGUGGAAUCUGCCCUUGGAACGAUAGCGGAGCUUCUGGAAGCGCCUUUGUCGACCUUUGACGCUUCCGAGGGGGUGGCGAGCGCCCUGGAAGUUUCCACCCAGGAGACGUUUGUGACUGCGACGCAGGAGAGCGUCCCCGGGGGAGAGUCUCAGUCGCAGACAAACACCCCGUUGGAGGAAACGGAGACACAGCCUGUGCUGACGCAGGAAACAGAUCCUGAAAUGGAGGAGCUGACCCCCCCAGAACGAGAAGUGGGUCCGAGCGAGCAGGAAACAAGUCAUACGGAGCCGGAAAGUGUGCCGAUUUUGGCAGAGGAAGACAUUCGGGGGGGGCCAUUGGAAGGUGGGGUGUUUCCGAAUACGGCGCUUGCUGAAGAAAGGACCGGAAGGGGAGCGGCGGAAGGAGGACUCGAGAAGGAGGAAGGAACGAAGGAAGACGAAGAGAUGGCGGAUGCAGAUGUGCACGAACGAGAAGGAAAGGACGAAGGGGGAGAAAAGAGGGAAAUGGAAGCCGUCGAUUUGGGGGGGGCUUUGAGGACUGCGGAACAGGUCGCAGAGGAGAUAACGGUGGGGGAGAUCGAAAUGGGGGGCGGCGAACAAACGGCAGCAGAGAAGAGGGACAGCCUGCUGGAGCAUGACGUGGAAGUGCCAGCUACGAAGCGCCGGAGGGGAUCCCCCGAGGCGGACGAUUCAACCGCCCCCACAGAAGCGGGCGUUUCUGUGGCCGAGCAAGAGCCGGGUCUCACCCAAACGAUUGAGAAUAUGUUCACCGCUGUGGGGGGUUCUCCGGGCAUCGAAACGGGGGGAUUCUUUGCCACUGAUUUUGGACCCCCUGCCGCAGCUGACGAGGUUCCAGUGGGGCAGAACGGGCGUGAGACAGCGGACGGGGCGGGGGCCAUCUCUAGGCUGGCCUCCGCAGAGUCGGCUGACGUCAUGAUGGCCUCUGCUGACGUCGAAACGCCCUCUGCUGACGUCGGAACGGCCGCUGCUGCCGUCAGACCGGCCUCCGCCCGUCUCCCGCCGCAGGCGAUCGUCAUCGAGGACGCCCUCGCGCUCGCUGACGGGCUGCUGACGUCACCGACGCUCGGCCUCGGGAUCGAGGGCCACUUUCCGCCGACGCCGACGCCGGAGGGGCCGUGGAAAACUGCCGCAGCUGCAGGUGAUGUCAUCGACACCCACGAACGCGUCGACGCUGACGUCAGCUUCGAGCCGGGCACUCAGCCUCUCGAGCAGGAGCACGAGGGCGGCGACACGGACCUGGAAGACGCUGACUUCGAGCAGCGCUCUGGCGGGGGGGACCGCCAGCUGGCGAGCGGAGCGGAUGCGACCGCCCCAGAAAGUGCUCUGUGGACGGAUAAUCCAGACGCUCGCGAGGAUCUUAAUGGGCUGUCGCUGCAAUCGCGGGCCGCAAUAGAGAACGCAGCUCGUGUUCAAGCGGCUCAAAGGUACGUGGCAAGUCGGGAAGAAGACUUGCAGAACCUGACAGUGGAUGUAGCCCGAGUAGAGGCGAGAAACAGGAGGUUAGAGGCGGAAAAGGAGAAUCUAACGGCGGAAACGGCGGAGCUGAGGGCGGCCAGAGCGGAAACGGAAGCGGAAAGAGAGGCGGAAAAGGAACGGUCUGAGGCGGAGAGACUGGAGCUUGCAGAAAGGAACGCAGAACUAGAGGCGGGGAAUAGGGAAGUGGAGGCGGGAAAGAGGCAACUAGAGCGGGAGAAGAACGAGGCGGAGGAAGAGUCUGCCGGCCUCCGGGCGGAACUGGAGGAGCUGAGAGCGGAAGCGGAAGCGGCAAAGCAGGCGCUGCAACGGGAGGUCGACCAACAGAGAGAGCUAAAGGUGAAGGCGUACGAAUCGGCGUGGAAGGCGGCAGUCGCAAAAUUCGAGCAAGAGGCCCUGGAGAGGUACGAGUCCCUGCGGGACAGGCUGGAAGGCAGGAUUGCGGAGGCCCACACGUCGGCUAACAAGGCCCACGCCACAAUCGCGACGCUGCAGCGCACAAUCUCCACUCAGCAGCGCAUGAUCACGACUUUGCGGGAGACGAUCCAGACGGAUUCCGCUGGAGGAAACGGAAGGAAGAGGGGGGCGGAAGCAGAAGAGGAGGGUGCGAAGAAGAAGAAAGCAAGAGGGGGGGAGGAAGAGGGCGCGGUAACGGUUGGCGACGACGUGGCAACGGAAGUGACGACGGUUUUCGAUGGCAUUCCGGAGCCUGCGGUGUUCCGAAGGGGCGAGAGAGCCGCGAAUCUGCGGCAGGGGGUUCCGAAGGCUGCGAAAGUCGCCCCCGGCGCCGUGGAUGUACGAGCGGGGGUGCCGGCGCCGAAGAAGCGGGGGAGAAAGGGAACGGCGUCGGAGCGGAAGAUCGACAUCGACCUGAUGACGUCGGAUGAGGACGAGCCGGCUCUAGACUCUGAAGAUGGAGCAAGGGGAAGCGGCAGAAGCGGAAAGGCUGAGAGUAAGAAGGACAAUGGUGCAGUAAAUGGGCAGUUAAGUGUCGAGAAUGUUCCGUAUAGGAUGCCGCGAUAUCCGGUUAGUGGGGGUCUCCGUUCGAAUCCCAACAUAGGGUUCUUCAAGUACGGGCGGGUCUGGCGGACCUACUGGAAAAGGGGCCCGCCCCGGUCAAUGGCUUAUUAAGGAUAAAUGGGAACAUUGCGCGUACUUGUCUGCUUGUCAAUAGAGUCACUUUGACUGGAUGAAGGUCUGGCAGGGUCGACGAAGUCGAUUUUCAAACCGAGCUAGCAACCGUACCCAACAACACCUUUUCAGUCUGUGAAAAGAAAUACAUAUACUCUAUUGCCAUACUCAUUUUUGGCAUUGACCUUCUUAUGAACUGCGUGGGUGGUUCGCAC